AUGCCUAAGAGCCCCGUAAUAGAACCCUUCCUUGGUCCUUGGUGGCCAAAUACUCAGGAUCAAGCUCCAGCCAAUGGACCUGCCUCCUCAUUAUGCCUCACUGGAUUGGACCCUAAAAAUCAUACAUAUUUUUUGAAUAGAUGCUGUUUACAACAUGACUGGUGUUAUGCGUUCAUAUCCUGUCCUCAGACACUAAUAUAUUUCGUUCCAUACACAUGGCAAUGCAUGAAUCCCGGUGCAGCUCACUGUGGUGUUGCAUCUAUGCCAGGUGUGUCACAAAAGUGUGCAACUCAGCUAUGUGAGUGCGAUCGAGAAUUUGCUCGGUGUGUUAGCAACUACCCAUGUCCUCGAAAAAAGCCUGGUUGUAAAGAAAGCAACUACAUUAUGUUGCAGACUAUGAGUAACAAUGACAUUUAGUCACAAUGAACUCCAGCAUCUACAGAAAAAAAUCUUAUCAUCUUUAGAAUGAUAUAAAGUAAAAUAUAAACACAGGAGAACCUUUCCUUUCCUUCACAUGCGGUUUAAAAUAAUUCGGAAACCAUCCCGAAAGUACCUGUGCGACGAGAUUCUUUUGGGGAGUCAAAAAUUAUAUGUGGAGGAUUUGCAACUGCUCAAAGUGUCGGCGUUACUAACCCAGCGUGGCUGAGUGUUUAACAGCUACGUAAUUAUAGCAAUAUAUUUUUUUAAUUUACCGAAUUUUAAAGCAUACUUUUCUAAUCUAGAAAAGAAAGGCUUAAUCACAAGAUUCCUGAAAUAAUAAAUAAUUUCCUUUGCGCAUUUGUAAAAUACCUGACUUCACACUGGACUGGAUUGAACUGAUUAUGGCAAGCACACACUAAGGUUAUCUUCCUGAGAGAACACUACCUCAUAUCCAUAUCAUGUAUGGAUAUGAGGCAAAAGCUCAUCCGUAAUCAAACAUAAGUCGAAUUAUGUUAGGUUGGCUUAUCCUUUCGACCAUAAAGUUUCUGAUGCCAUUUAUACAUUCUUCACUUACUGUUAAACUAUUAACGUCUCAAAUAAUACUGUACACGUCACAGAAAUCACUAACUCUUCAAGUCUCUGCCAAGUACGUAUUAACAAUGAAGAUGCUUUUCAUACGAAGAUUGCCUUUUCAGAGUUUUACAUAUCAGAUACCUGAUAGCUCUGAAUUUAAUAAUACCCACUAAAAUACAAUCAAUUCUACUAUUCUUUCCUAUGCACUAAAACGUUUCUAGAAUAUCUAGCAUAGUAUUUAUAAGUUUUACGGAAGUACUUAAAUGCAUGCCUUCCUCUUGCACUGCUUUAUUGAUUUGAAAGAAAGUAAUGAAGCAGAUUUCAAAGCAUAAAAAACUCAAUUUUGUGUUCACAAUUACUAAAUAUACAUCUCAAUAAAAUAGAUAGUGCCCCACUUAAAAAUUCUAGGUCUUGACGUAACAGAGCAACAAUUUUCUCAGGAAAAAUUGAAGUACCAAUUUGGUACUUCCAACAAGAAACAUAAUCUCACCGCCAGCUCAUUUCGACUAUAUUAAAAUUUCUUUAAACAUAAUUAAUACAUCUCUCGAAUUAGUUAUUUCGAUAAACAAAGAACGAAAUAGUAUUCCACGACAUGAAGCUACGCCAGCAUCUCUAUAGUAUCAUUGGUGAUUCAGGUAUCGCUGAGCCUAGUUGAUGUUAGAAACGACACCCAUCAAUGCGCCAACCCCCUGAACCAACAUGAUCUUAUGGACACCCUGUAUUGUUUUUAUAUGUUAGACAAGUGCUCAGUGAUGGUUACGUGACGUACACAGUUAUGAUUAAUAAUAAUAGAUACAGUUACAUAUGUAACAU